CAGUACAAAACUGGGCAGGGUUCGACUACCGUGCUGUACCGAAGCCUUUCGUGUCAAUCGUGUACUUCUUUUAGUAGUGAGUGCACGGCUUUUAGCGUCGCGUUUCUGCAGCUUUGCACAACUUGCCUGGAUUUUUCACAAAAGGCAGUAAGGAAUGCACGGAGGUUGUUGUUUUUCCGCUUCUUGUGCAGUGUUUUGAAGCCAGUCGCCGUGACGCGCAGAGUGCAACAUUUGCAGCAUGACUUUGCCUUGCAGCUUUUUGUCGUGUGGUGAACCCACGCGAGCCUUGCACGUCGUGCCCGAGCAGGUGUGAAGGCGCUGUGCGUAAAUCGCCGUGCGUAACCGUGGGGUUCCAUGGAGCUCCUGCGGCUGUGCUGCUUGUCUCUAUCCGCCUUGUAAAAGAAACCUAGAGACAUUCGAGAUGAGCCAAGAGCAGGAGGGCAUUUCCUUGCAUGUACCUUGCCUCGGGGUUUGUCCCGCCAGAGGAGGGGAUGUCGGCGGGGAAAGCACUUGCACUACCCGCGGAGGAACCACAGGAGCCUCGGGUCCUGCAGUUCCAGCAGCCGGGACUUUCUGGCAGGAUUCCGCGGUGGCAACCGGGGUGCACAGCCACACUUCCGGGAGCUGUGCGCUGGAUGGUGGCGGUCUGUUGUCCACGGGCAAGUCGUGCAAAAGCAGGCCGGUGAGUGUCGCCUAUGUGUUCAACAACGAGCCGAACCAGCAGAACAACGCCGAGUGCAUGGCCCUGCAAUGCCUCAAGGACGCGUGUGAGGCAGUGGGUAGCAAACUGGAGACGGUCCACUUUGGAAAGCUGGACUUUGGAGAGACCACAGUGCUGGACCGCUUCUACAAUGCAGAUAUCGCUGUUGUGGAGAUGACAGACGCUUUCCGCCAACCGUCACUCUUCUACCACCUGGGAGUCAGGGAGAGCUUCAGCAUGGCCAACAACAUCAUUCUGUACUGUGACACCAAUUCCGAGUCUCUCCAAUCACUGCAGGAAAUUAUUUGCCAGAAGAACACUACUUGCUCAGCCAACUACACUUUCAUCCCGUACAUGGUGACGCCGCACAACAAAGUGUACUGCUGUGAGGGGAGCCUCAUGAAGGGUCUCACCGAACUGAUGCAGCCCAGUUUUGAGGUGCUGUUGGGGCCAAUUUGCAGGCCUCUUCUGGACCGUUUCAUCCAGCUUCUCAAAGUCUCGCAGGCUAGUUCCCACCAGUAUUUUCGUGAAACAAUUCUGAGUGAGAUUCGUAAAGCUCGUGAGCUCUUCACCGGAGCAGAGCUGGCCGCCGAGCUGGGACGAAUACAGCAACGACUGGACAAUGUAGAGUGCCUCUCGGUGGACAUCGUCAUUAACCUUCUACUGACCUACAGAGACAUCCAGGACUAUGAGUCAGUCGUGAAGCUGGUGGAGACUCUGGAGAAGCUUCCCACCUUUGACCUAGUGUCGCAUCCACAUGUGAAGUUUCAUUAUGCCUUUGCACUGAAUAGGAGGAACCAGCCAGGCGACCGACAUAAGGCCCUGGACAUCAUGCUGCCCCUAGUGGAGGCCGAGGAACAGGUGGCUUCGGAUAUCUACUGCUUGGUAGGGCGCAUCUACAAGGACGUGUUCCUGGAAUCGCAUUUCGCUGACACUGAAAGCAGAGACAGAGGAACACACUGGUUUAAAAUGGGCUUUGAGUCGGAGCCAACGCUGCACUCUGGCAUUAACUACGCUGUUCUGCUCCUGGCGGCUGGACACCAAUUUGAGACGUCUUUUGAGCUUCGUAAAGUGGGGGUGAAGCUGAGCAGCCUCUUGGGUAAAAAGGGCAGCUUGGACAAGUUGCAGAGUUACUGGGAUGUAGGCUUCUUCCUGGGUGCCAGCAUCCUGGCCUGUGAUAACACUCGGGUCAUCCAAGCUUCUGAGAAGCUCUUCAAACUCAAAGCACCCAUCUGGUAUCUUCGCUCCUUGGUGGAGACCAUAUUGAUCUAUCAGCACUUCAAGAAGCCCUGCAUUGAACAACCAGCCCCCAAGCUGGAAGUGAUGGAUUUUUGGAUGGAUUUCUUAGUGGAGGCAACCAAGAAAGAUAUUUCCUCUGUGCGAUUCCCUGUGUUGAUACUGGAGCCUACUAAAGUCUAUCAGCCUUCAUAUUUGUCCAUAAACAAGGAUGUGGAUGACAACACAGUGUCCAUUUGGCACGUGGCUCCUGAUGACAAGAACAAGGGGAUUCACGAGUGGAAUUUCAGCGCCACAUCUGUGAGAGGUGUCAGCAUCUCCAAGUUUGACGAACGCAGUGCUUUCCUUUACGUCCUUCACAAUGCAGAGGACUUUCAGAUCUAUUUUUGCACAGAGAUGCACUGUAAAAGGUUCUGCGAUUUGGUCAACAGCAUCACUGAGGAGGCAUGGAGAGGGCCGGACGAGGGAGACUGUGACACCGACGCGUUAGAGUACGACUACGAGUAUGACGAACAUGGUGAGAGAGUGGUUCUUGGAAAAGGCACUUUUGGGGUCGUGUACGCGGGCCGAGACCUGAGCAACCAGGUCCGUCUGGCCAUCAAGGAAAUACCAGAGAGAGACAGCAGAUAUUCGCAGCCCCUCCAUGAGGAGAUUGCCCUCCACAAACACCUGAAGCACAAAAACAUAGUCCAGUACCUCGGGUCCAUCAGCGAGAACGGCUUCAUCAAGAUCUUUAUGGAGCAGGUGCCUGGAGGGAGUCUGUCAGCACUGCUCAGAUCUAAGUGGGGCCCCCUUAAAAACAAUGAGCCCACCAUCGGCUUCUACACACGGCAGAUCCUGGAGGGACUCAAAUACUUGCAUGACAAUCAAAUCGCACAUCGGGAUAUAAAGGGUGAUAACGUGUUAAUCAACACCUACAGCGGUGUGUUAAAGAUAUCCGAUUUUGGCACAUCAAAACGCUUGGCUGGGAUUAACCCCUGCACUGAGACAUUCACAGGUACACUACAGUACAUGGCUCCUGAGAUUAUAGACAAAGGUCCUCGUGGCUACGGCAAGCCAGCAGACAUCUGGUCUUUGGGAUGCACAAUUAUUGAAAUGGCUACUGGGAAACCUCCCUUCUAUGAACUAGGAGAACCACAAGCUGCCAUGUUUAAAGUAGGCAUGUUUAAGAUCCACCCAGAGAUCCCAGAGUCCAUGUCAGCAGAGGCCAAGGCCUUUAUCGUGCGUUGCUUCGAGCCCGACCCGGACCGCCGAGCCACCGCCUUCGACCUGCUCACAGAUGAGUUCCUCACCGUCACCAGCCGCAAGAAAAAGAAUAAAAGUAGUUUCACAGCGCUGUCACCAGGCACCGAAUACCUGCGCAGUAUUUCCCUGCCUGUUCCCGUUGUGGUAGAGGACACCAGUAGCAGCAGUGAGUAUGGCUCCGUCUCCCCUGACAACGACCUCCACACCAACCCCUUCAUCUUCAAGCCCAGCAUCAAGUGCUACAGCGAGCGUGAUGUCAAGGGGCCCCGAUCACUCUUCCUUAGCAUCCCUGUUGAAAACUUUGAGGACCACAGUGCUCCUCCAUCUCCUGAAGAGAAGGAUUCUGGCUUCUUUAUGCUGAAGAAAGACAGUGAAAGGCGAGCCACCUUGCACCACAUCCUGACCGAGGACCUCGAUAAAGUGGUGGCCAAUCUAAUGGAAGCCCUCACACAGGGAUCGGAGGAAAUGAAAAUGAAACCUCAGCACAUCUCCACUCUGGUAGUCAGCCUGGCAGAUUUUGUCCGUGGAGCUGACAGGAAAGUCAUCGCCCGCACGCUGUCACAACUCAAGCUGGAGCUGGACUUUGACAGCACGGCCAUAAGCCAGCUGCAAGUCGUACUUUUCGGCUUCCAGGAUGCUGUGAACAAAGUGUUGAGAAACCACAACAUCAAGCCUCACUGGAUGUUUGCACUUGACAACAUCAUCCGAAAAGCAGUUCAGACCGCCAUCACAAUUUUGGUGCCAGAGCUUAGGCCUCAUUUCAGCCUAGCCUCAGAGAGCGACGCGCCCGAACAGGAGGACGACUACGAGGCCGAGAGAAACUCAGCACACCAAAGGCGGGCACCGGCCGUCUCAAGUCACGAUGACACAGUGGUAACUUCAGGAGUCAGUACACUCAGUUCCACUGUAUCACACGAGUCCCAUAAUGCGCAGCAUUCUGUAAGCAUGGAGCUGGGCAGGAUGAAGCUGGAGACCAACAGACUGCUGGAACAGCUACUCGAGAAGGAGAGAGAAUAUCAGGCAAUCCUUCAACAAGUUCUGGAUGAGCGAGAGCAGGAGAUCCGACUACUACGACUGCGAUCUCAGACUACAGUAGAAAUCUCCACAUCGCCCUUUGGUACAGGAGCGAAUAUGGAUCAACCUGCCAAAAAACACGAAGAGACCGAGCUGAGCAAUUGGCUGAGGCUUUACGGCGCAGAUCAGGACUCUAUAGACGUGAUACUCAGUGAGGACUACACGUUAAAUGACCUCCUCAAUGAUGUCACAAGGGACGAUCUGAAAAGUCUUAGACUGAGAGGCGGAAUUUUGUGUAAACUUUGGAAGGCCAUUACGGACCACAGGCACAAGCCCACUUGAGGCCUUAAGUGACAGAAACCACUCUGAGAAGCCAGGACACCUCAGUAUUCUCCUCAAUACCUCAGUAUUUAUUUUUAGAACAAGAGCCUGUGUUUGCAGCUCCCAUCCAUGUUAUAGUCUAUUUUGUUGGUCAGGUAUAGUGAUCAUUUUGAAAAUGUAAUUCUGUUAAGUGCCAAUAUCGCGUCGACCCGCCUUAUUGAGAUGAGAGGCAUGUCUUAACGAUGUUGAUUUGUAUUUUUGUUUAUACACCCACAAUUGUUCUCGUCUUUACGUGCUGAAACGUUUACAUAUCUAGAGACUGACUGUUCGUGAUGUAAGCCUGAGAUACAAAAAUACAACAUGAAAAUAUAUGUUUCGUUCAUCUACAUCUUUAAUGUUUUAUUAUGUACCCCAAAUGCCAUCUUAUUUGUUUUUAAUAUAAUUGUUUUGCAAAUCUGAAGGAUGUCGAUGCAUGCUUUUUUUCUUACAUCACUGAGACUAAUUUAAAUGGCAUUCAUUUACAUUUCACAAAUAUGUUAAUAUAAUAUGUUAUUAUGGAAUACCUUGUGUAUGUGAACAUGCAUUCAUGUGGACUAGAACGUCUAUAUUUAUGUACUAUUGUUGGAUUCUUUAAUGUAAAAAUCAUAGAAGAUACUAAUAAUACUAUUAUAUAUUGUAUGUGAUCUGUUCCCUUUUUCAUUAUUUUUACUUUUAUUCACCUUGCUUGACUCAACCUGCUGUUUGUUGGAAGGAUAAUGUAAGAGUUAAAGUUUAUACUUGGAUUCAUGACUCUUGCCAUUUGUCUGAAACAGGAGUUGUGUGUCUGUGUUGUUUCGUUUGUAUGUUAUAUUGUUAAAAUAAAUCUUUUCAUUAUGGAAUUGAAUUUAAUUUGGAUUUUUUUUUU